AUGCCAAUUGUAACCCUCCGGUAUUCUACGCCUUGUGCGCCAUCUGCUGUUGCUUCUGAAGGCUCUGCCGCGGCCUCCUGCCCAGCUAGUUGUACCGAUUCUGGGCAGCGCGUGCUGGUCCCGGCCUUCUUCAACUGCAAUAGCUUCUCCUCGGCUGAUGCACCUCGUGUCUACAAUGAGCGAACCAGGAAGUUCGAGUAUGCCUUCUUCGCAGACAGGAAUCCCAAGUUCGUGGAAACUCUCGGAAAGUUCCUUGAAAAGGAGAUGUUCGACAAGGAUGAGUUCAUUAUCAAAGAGGGUGACAAAGGUUAUAGCAUGUACUUCGUCUGCUCCGGCCGUGCAAGCAUGUGCUCUGGUGCAGACCUGCGCGAAAUACACACGCUGACACGAGGAGCACACUGUGGAGAACUGGCUCUGUAUGGGAUCAGCCAUCGGAGUUUCAGCGUCAUUGCCCUUGAGCGCACAGAAUGCCUCGUGCUGAAGAACCGUUUUUUUCAGGCCGUUCUUGAAAGGUUUCCAGAGGAGAAGGAGUACUUUGCAGAGGUCGCAGCUGCCAGAAAGCAGGAGCUCAAGCUCUCGUACGAAUAUCAACGGCAGACGCGCCGUCGGGAUAGAAGAAUAGCGUGGCAUGGGGAGAAAGAGCAACCCGCAGAUGAUUCGGACCGUGACGCCACCGAUGAUCCGGCACCGAGCCUUCCCGAGGUCGACACCUCGGCGCCGUUGCCGGACUCGGAGAUCCCAGGGCAGGUCCCGGAGCUCUCUCACCUGUCGGUGAUGAGGCUCUGCGCGCCACCAGCACCACCGCGCAAUGGACCAUCUCAGCUUGCUCCUCUUGGCCAGGUUCAUGACCGCGUUCGGAAUGGCAGGAGGAGCUACCAGCACCGGAUGGUCAAGGAACUGGCGACGGUGGGCCAUGCUGCGCUGGCUCGACGAUUGGAAGUUGCUGCUGCGGUCCAGGAGGACAUGCAGCCGCCUGCAUCCAGUUCGUUGAUACCAACUGCCAGACCGGGGCGGAGCCACUCCCUGGUUCAGGUUCCUGCUCUUGAGCCCGCAAGACUCAAUCCCUCCAGCAGGGCGGCGAAGGUCUCCAAGUCCGAGGACCUACCGCAGUUGCCAAGCCAACCACUUCCCAGUGCUAGCAAGGCUGGCAUUGAGUACGAGGACGCCAACCGUGAACAGAAGAAAGUUCUUCAAGAGGAUGAUGAUGAUGAUGAUGGCUUCAGCUUCCUCAACAUGGACCUCAACGCCAUUGAUCCCUGGGCCAGAGCCGUGUCCGCUUAG